CACGUCACAUCAUAGCUCUGCUCUGAGUUACACUACUUGCCGCAAAACGAUCGAAAAGCAAAUUCCGUUUCGAAUUAAAAGAAAAAACAAACUAAACAGCAUUGCAAAAAACCUAAACCAAAGAGGGGUUAAAUUGCCGAAAUAGCUAAAGAAAAACAACAAUUAUUUUUAUAGGGAAAAUCAUCGAAAAAAAAAAAAAAACAAAAAUCAACAUUCACAAGCACGCCAACGAACACACCUAAGUAUAACAUGCUCCAUAGAAUGGCCAAAGUCAAAUAAAACCAAAAUCCACAGCAAAAAUACCCUCGUCCUAGUACUUUGUGUAAGUGUGCUAAGAGUGUGAGUGUGCUACGCCGUGUGAGAGAGUGUGCGUGUGUGUGUAUGAGUGUGUGCUGAACGUUUGCUUUUUCGUUUAUCGAGUAGACAGUAAACGUUUGUUAACGGUUACGGACACACAACAAAGGAUAUGAACGAUUUAAAUGUAAAACGUUGAUGAUCGUGAAAGGACGUACAUUUCGCCAAGUCCAACAAACGGAUGAAAAGAAAACAAUUUCUUUGAAAGGAAAUAUUUAAAAAAAAAAAAUAAUAAUAACAAAAGAAAAACAUAAUGACAACAAUCGAUUAAAAGGCAAAACAAUUGUAGCAAAGAAAAGAAUAUUUCAAAAAAUUAAGUGAUUUAAUUUAAAAAAAAAUUUAAAAAAAAAAAUGGAAAAUUUGUGAAAAUUUUUUAAACAUUCAAGAUUAAGUGCUGUAAAAGAGAAUUCUUUUUUCCUAAAAAAAAACUCAAAUUUCCUUAAACAAGUUAAAAAUAAACAACAAAACAUGUCUUCCUCGGAACACGAAGUCGAUAUUAGUGUAGUGUCCAGUCCUGAACCCUCUCCCUUGGGCUGUGGCCAAGAGGGUCGCGAUUCACCACGUCUAAGGUCCACAUCGCCAGCUCGCUCACAAGGGGGAGCCUCCACACCCAAUUCAAUGCACACCCCCACCACAGCAGCCGGUACACCGACCUCGGCCUCACAAUAUCAAAGCGGCCAUCAUCAUCUGCCACAUCAUCACAGCCCCUCGAGCAUGGCAACGGCUGUGGCACCUACGGUGUUGCAUCAUCAUUUGCAACAUCAUUUGAAUUCAUUAAAUGCCGGUCAUCAUCCGGUAGCCUUACAUCAUGCCUUGCAUGCCAGUUUUGGCCAUUUAACCCAUCCGGCACAUCAGCAUUUGCUACAGCAUCCGUCAGCGGUGACACCGACGGUGGUUUCACAUUUUGCUGCUGCGACCAAUAGUAAUAAUGCCGCCGCCGCCGCCGCAGCCGUCGCCUCUACAGCUAGUCAUACAGAACGUUUGAGUCCACCGGCCUUGGGUGGCCAUGGAGCUCCCAAAUCACCAGAAUCCACCACCACAGAUGAGUCACAGACUAAUCAUAGUAGUCACAAUAAUAACAACAACAAUAGCAAAAUGGUUAAUAAUAAUAAUUGCAAUACCAAUGGGGAGCAGACAAAUGGUGAGCAGCCGGCGGUUGCCGGUGUUAAUGGUGGUGCUGCUAAUGGAAAAGUUACCUCGGGUAAUGGUUUCACCAGCUUCUCCAUCUCCUCCAUACUAAGUCGCAAUGAACCCACGAAAAAGAAUGGCUCAAAUUUAAUAACACCUAUACCUCAAUUACCGCCGGCCACAGUGGGUGCUGGAGGUCCUCAGGAUGCUGCCAUGUUGUCGAGAUUGGGUUUCAUAUCACAAUGGGGUGCAUUGGCUGGUCGCUAUGCCGCCCUGUGUCCACCCGGUUGGCCCUGGGCACCACAACGUAUGCCAUUCCAUAGUCCCACACAUGACAGUUCAUCUACCAAUACCACAGAAAAUCAUUCCUCACCACCCUCACCCCAAAUGAAUGGGUCUUUGGGCAACAAUGGCAGUUCCAAUGGGGGUGCGGGCAAUGGUGCCAACAGCAGCAACAACAAUAAUGGCAACAAAUCACCCUCACCCCAUUUGUCCUAUUCGCAACACAAUGCCCAUCAUCACAGCCAUCAUCAUCUGUCACAACCCCAUCAGGCCACAACACCCACAAGCUCUAGCGGUGGGGGCGGCGGAGGAGCUGGCUCAGGCCUCAAUCAUCAUUCAACGCAUUCAAAUUCCAGUUAUCUACUGCCCACCAGCUCCAACGAAUCCGACGAUGAGGGUGAGGAAAUCAUCGAAGAAGACGACGGCACUGAUGGUCCCUCAGAUGGUUCUUCGCCUCAGGGUGAUUCUAGUCAAAAUAAACGUAAAAAGAAAACACGCACUGUCUUCUCAAGGGCCCAGGUUUUCCAGCUGGAAUCCACAUUCGACUUGAAACGCUAUCUAAGCUCUUCCGAAAGGGCUGGCUUGGCUGCCUCAUUGCGUCUCACUGAGACUCAGGUGAAAAUCUGGUUUCAAAAUCGCCGCAAUAAAUGGAAGCGUCAAUUGGCUGCCGAGCUAGAGGCUGCCAAUAUGGCAAAUAUGGCCCAUGCGGCCCAACGUUUGGUGAGAGUACCCGUUUUGUAUCAUGAUGGCACCACUUCGGGGUUUGUGCCACCACCACCACCCCAUCCACAUGCCAUGCAAUAUUAUGCGGCAGCAGCAGCACGCAAUAACAGCCCUCCCCGGCCACCAUUGUCUUCACUGGUAUAGGGGGUGGGG